ACAACGCAUGACUCAUGCUUCCUUCCUUCCUUCUUCACAAUCAACUAGAGAAGAGAAUAACCCACAACACAACCCAACCUUUCCAUAAACAAACAUAUUUAACAAACACUUUUUUUCUCUUUGCUCUCUUGGACUUGAUUUUAUUGGGAGACAAUCCUAGCUUCUAAAUCUAUACGGGACAACAACUGAUAUAAGAUGGGAUUAUCAAAUUGCUGCCCAUACAGUAUAAGGUUUUAUAAUUUCAUAGCUUUUUUCAUGUUUGGAAUUGAAGACUAAGGAAAUGGAGAAGGUUUGUGAAUUCUGCACAGCUUUGAGGCCACUUGUUUACUGUAAGGCUGAUGCAGCAUAUCUUUGUCUAUCCUGUGAUUCAAAGGUGCAUUUAGCAAAUGCAGUGUCUGGUCGGCACCUCCGGAACUUUGUGUGCCACUCAUGCGGAUACCAUCUUGCUUAUGUUCUGUGUUUGGAACAUAAAAUGUUGAUCUGUCGUGACUGUGAUCAAAAGUUGCAUAACAUUUCUUUACCACAUAAGAAACGAGCUAUCAGAAGUUUCAUGGGCUGCCCUUCUGCUAAAGACUUUGCAGCACUCUGGGGGUUUGAAUCGAAUGAGAUUGAAAACAGUGCCACUCAGGAUCAGUUUGGUUCAGUUUCUUGUGUUUCUGCAGAUUUGAAUGUUGCACAAGUUUCAGGAAUGCCUGGCAUUCAAACUGGGAUCCCCUCAAUGCCAUCUGGAGCCAAAUUUGAUGGGGGAGGAUCAACCAGUCAACAAGGUCAGAUAUUGUACAGUGAUCAAGAGCGACAAACUAUUCUGCAGCAGAUUAUUGAUUUAAAAAUGCUUCAACAAAAUGAGGACAUUGAUUAUCUUGCAAAGAUCAAUAGGCUACAAGAAAAAGAUUUAUCUCCUUCAGUAUAUCACACUCUUAAGAAAUUGGACGACAAAUUCAAUGAGCAAGCACAAAAGUCCCAGGAUCUUGCUACUAAUGUUCUGGAAAAAGACUGUCCCACUGUGGAGCUGAAUCCUGAAACUUUGCCUUCUACAUUUUCUCAAUUUGACAAUUUAUAUUCUUCUUCAAUUAUCGAUCUUCCCUUGCAUGGAGAGUUGUUCUGGACAUGCCGAAGUCCACUUCAAAGUAAUCAGUUGUGGUCCCAAAAUAUUCAAGACCUUGGGAUAUGCAAAGAACUUGUUUGUCAAGACGAUUUUAACAUCCCUGAUGUUGACUUAACUUUCCAAAACUUUGAGGAACUAUUUGGAGGAGAUCAAGAUCCAAUUAGAAUACUGCUUGAUGAUCAAGAUGUCUCCUGCUCUUCUUUAGAGAAGGAUAAGUCAGUUGGCAAGUCAGAUAUUGACAAUCCAAGUGCAAUGGAGGAAUCUUCUGCAGCUGCGUCUAUUACUAUCUCCCAAUCUGAUCUUGACAACAAGGAUAUGAAUCCUCUCAGCCAGUACCGUCCAAGAAGCAUGGAUCCCGCCCUUGCAAUUCGACCAUUUGAUUCAACCAUACCAUUCUCCGUUUUGAGAUUCAAUGAGGAAAGCAGUUGCACUAGCCAUGAUGACAGUGCCCUUUCUCCCUACAGUGAAAGGAAGGCUUAUUCAGGUAGUUAAGUUGAAUUGAAGAUUGCACACAUGUGGAGGAAAUGCCAUAUGAAGUGUAGAAAGAGAAAAAAAAAAAAAAAGUCUCAAUUGUGAGUUCUGUGUGCUAAGUGCCUCACUUUAGCCUCGCUGUUUUGUCCGAGUAAUUUUACCAUGCCGUCCAGUGAUCACAUACCUGUUAAAAUCUCCAUCUCAGUAUUGUCAAUUUUGACAUUUGAAUUUGUUUUUGUUACCACAUUGGUUUACUUCCAGCAAUAAUGCAUUUUAUCCCUGGAAAUAUUAUUAGAAUGAUAUAUGUAUUUUAUCAUAUUUAUAUUCUUUUUGCUUCCAGGCAUGAGAAGCAAUUUCAACUUCUAUCCAGGAAACCUGGAGCUAAUUUAAGAAAGAGAGUGAAAGCCAUUGCUAAGGCAGAAAGCAAUCUAAUUUUGCUUAUGCUCUUGAUAAACUGAUCCA